GUGGAGGAUGAGAUCGGUUCACUGGUCGUCGAACCAGAUGACUCAGAGCUGCAGGAAGAAAUGAAUAACCUCGUGGCCCAGCUCUCCAUCCCCACUAUGAUGCUAGUGGGCGAUCCCGACCCAACCCCCGUUAACUCGCCGACAAGUGACGACCCAGGCGGAGAAAGUCUUGGACUGGUGAAGGAGCUUGGACCACGGCAAUUGUCACUCGACGACGAGUACAACGUCUACGUGAAGACGGCUGCCGACUCUCACCCUACAAGCGCUCCCGUCGUCCAUCUUACCGCCUACAGCCAACUGUCGUGCUCCGACGAGUUCAUACUCGUUAACAACGAUCCCGCCAUCUUGCGGCCGGAUUCAGAAAAUUUGUUUGAGAUGGUACUGCAUAACAUUCGACCCAUCGUGAAGGUGCGGUUACGGCUUGGAGAAGGACAGGACGACUGGGAGGGCUGGCACCUGGAAUCGGUUCGCUUUAAGAACAAGAACACAGGAUCCGACUACCUAUUUAACUUCGAUCAGUGGCUGACGGCGAAGGAAGGAGGUAACAUCGCAGCAGAGAGGAGUCUUACGGAGGUGGAGAGCUCUGUCGAGCAAGAGUUCCUCGGCUGUCAGUAUCAGGUUAUGGUGUACACUGGCGACCGCUGGGGAGCAGAGACCGAUGCUGACCUGUACGUGACCCUGGCGGGAGAGCACGGCGAGACGGGGCAGCAGUGGCUGAAGAACUCAGACAACGAAGAGAAGUUCCUCCGCAAUCAGGUUCGGGAGUUUUCAUCGAUCGGGUGGUGGUAAGCCAGCAAGGCUUCCUCCAGAAGGAAUAUCACUUCCCGUGCGGCCGAUGGUUGGACGAUGGUCAGGAAGACGGGAAGACGGAGCGAGAACUGAUCCUACUCGGUAUCAGCGAAAGUCGAGACAUAGAUGAUGCUGAUCUAGGCAGUCCUAGCGGAGAGGCACCACUAUCCCCCGGCUACGUGGAUGAGGUAAGGUGGAAGGAGAGCAUAGAGUUGCGGAAGCACAUAAUACUUGAGAACAAGGCUAUUAAUGAAGAGUUGAAGUUCGCUCUCUAUCCGCGGGCCGACGAGAGGGACUAUUACCUGGAGGCGCCUGUGUUUAGACCCAUGUCUACGGAGUUAUCUUACCUUACAACGUACGUCGUCGAAGUGUACACGGCGGACAGGGAGGCAGAGAGUCCAAUGAUCCCCUACAUCAACAUUGUCGGAGAUAGAGGCCAGACGGGCAAACGGCAGUUGUUCGAAGGAGCGGCAAACAACAGCUUCGGCAAGGGCCAGGUUACAACGGUGUACGUCAAUACAUGCCUACUGGGCCCAAUUAGGCAGUGCAUCGUCGGCCAUGAUAAUCAUGGCGAAGGGGAAGGCUGGUUGUUGGACCGGAUCACCAUACGAGAAGGCAUACACGGACGCUAUCAGGCCACGUUCCUGUGCAACCAGUGGCUAGACAUCGGCCGAGACGAUCACAUGGUAGAGAAACACCUGUCUCCAUCAAAAGAAGAAAUGCUGUCGACGGCAGCGCCGCCUGGCGAGGGCGGCACGGCGUUCGGCGGGGAUUGGAACAUCUGGUUGAAGCUCGAUGAGAAGCAGGGUUGCAAGGACGUGCGGCUGUACGUGGCGGCGUACGGCGAUACUGGCCGCACGGCGGACAUGCCGAUGAAUCCGCUCAUGCUGCAUGGAGCCACCUACCAGUACCUGUUGACGUUUGGAAACAUUGGAAACCUCUUUAAGUUACGAUUCGCGCUGCAUAGCAACAGAGAGGCGGCAGCCUGGUUCAUAAACAAGAUAAAGCUGAAGAAUGUGACAAGUCAUCAGGAGUUCCUUAUGUACCCCGUCGACUCGCUGCGUUGCACGGCCGACUCCCCAGUCAGCUACAUGGAGCUGGCAACCAUCCUACCCGACGUACCCCCUCUAGAGGGUUUCGAAUACGUGGUUCGGGUGUACACCGGUGACUAUGAGGGAGCGGGCACGGACGCGCAGGUAUGGCUCAUGCUGCAUGGAGAGUUUGGAGACACGGGCAGGCGUCUGCUUAGCAAGUCAACCACCAAUUCGAAGCCGUUCCAGCGCGCCAUGAUGGACGAAUUUCAACUGUCGGCUAUCGACCUUGGCAAGCUCGACCACGUGACCUUGGAACACGAUGGCCACGGUCGAGGCGCCGGAUGCUACAUAAACAAAAUUAUCGUCAACGUCUCGCUCAACGACACCGUCGAUCGCAUCUUCCCGGUCAACAGGUGGAUCGACGAGGGAGCCGGCGACCGCAGACUCGACGUGAAGUGCCCUCUAUUGGGAGAUGUCGACACUAGCGAGAUUAUGGACGCCGCGGCCGAGUCUGACGGCAUGUGGACUUGCACGGUCAUCACGGACGCCAAGGGUUGCCACGAGGUCGACCAAUGGACGCUGAUCGCGUACGGAGAGUUCGGCUGCUCGGCGAAGAUCCGGCUCGAGCAUCUGCUCGAUAGCAACAAUCCGACCAAGUUCGACGUGGAGCUCGGACCGACGGGUCGUAUCUACAAGAUCCGGCUGACGUACGAAAACGAGGACGACAUGCACUUCCGCUGGCCGAUCCGCAGCGUGGGGACGUUUGUUCGCUGGUAUUCGUGA